GUUUGCAUUGUAGGCCUACUGUUGAUGGAUGACAUCUGUUUUUGUCCAAUGUCUUGUCUGUGUUAUGGGGGAAUGUGUUGCUCUGGGUGAAUGUGCUUGGUAAUCUGACUGUAUUGUGUUUGUUUUCAUGUCUUACGCACCUCUCACUAGAAGAAAUUUCCCCCAUGGGGGACAAUAAAGCUACUACUACUACUACUACAGGCCAGGGAUGUUGUUAUUGGGUCAAUGGAGGAUACAGCACAUAGAACUAGACCUCCUCCUCACCCACAACAACACAAGUGUUUUCCCCUGAAUGUGGGGCCCUCAGCUUCUGAUUCUGGGGACAUCUCCACUGCACUUGUCUGCCCAGUAUGGGCAUUACUCCACCACCGAAGUGUUGUUGAGGGCGGGCGUGAGUCGAGAUGCUCGGACCAAAGUGGACCGGACACCCCUGCACAUGGCAGCUUCAGAGGGACACGCUAGCAUUGUGGAGGUGCUGCUGAAGCACGGGGCUGACGUGAACGCUAAGGACAUGCUGAAGAUGACGGCUCUUCACUGGGCGGCCGAGCACGGGCACCGGGAGGCCGUGGAGGUCCUCAUCAAAUAUGGCGCCGACGUCCACGCGCAGAGCAAGUUCUGCAAGAACGCCCUCGACAUCGCCCUGGACAACGGGAACGAGGAGCUCUCCGAAAUCCUUCAGGUAGAAGGAGGACACUACUACUAUGAGGUGGCCAUGCAGAACCAAAUCAACACCAACCCAGAGAGUCCGGACACCAUGACGAUACACACGGCAACACCACAGUUCAUCAUCGGGCCGGGAGGGGUGGUCAACCUGGCGGGGCUGAUCUCCGGCAACUCGGGGAAAUCAGCAGUUAUGGCCACAGAGGAGGUGGUGACGGCAGACUCGGUGGACGGCGCCAUUCAGCAGGUCGUCAGCUCAGGGGGUCAACAGGUCAUCACCAUAGUUACAGACGGCGGCAGCAUUCUGGGCAACCUCCCGGCAGGCAGUCAGCCAAUCAUCGUGACCAUGCCCGACGGGCAGCAAGUCUUGACAGUGCCUGCCACGGACAUCGCAGAGGAGACGGUGAUCAGCGAGGAGCCUACAAUGAAACGACAGCGCAUAGAGGUGGUGGAGAACAACACCAUCACCGUCAGCCAGGACAUAGAGGAGAAGGAGGCCCUGCAGAAGCAGCUGGAUGAGGCCAAUCGCGAGGCUCAGAAGUACCGGACGCAACUGCUGAAGAAGGAGCAGGAGGCAGAGGCCUACAGGGUGAAACUGGAGGCCAUCUCCAGACAGGGCGGCAAGAACAUGGCGUGAGGAUGCUCAGUCAAGGCUGCUGAUAACUUUGACUGGGCCAUGGACAAAAUCAUCUGAAAGGGACUCCUCCCAAUCCCACUCAAUACAUUCAGUCUAAUGAGCACCCAUUUCUGGGGCCCCUCUCUCCCUAGUGACGCUCGCUCACAUUAUACAGAGACUCUUAUUCUGAAACACUGUUGAUGGGGAGGAAGGAUACAUUGCACACUCCUAGCAUGGAGAAAAGACCCGUAAAUAACGCCAAGCAAGCAUGCAGUACAUACAGAAUAAGCACACAUGGGGAAGUGUGGCUGGCCUAAGCAGAAACCAUUGGUGCCAUUUAGAUGGCAGAGACUGAUGACAGGUGACACUACUGUGACUAUGAGGUCACCAGCAUCAUUAUGAGACUUACUAGAGACUUGUGCUGGGGACAGAAUGCCGACUUUCCAAAAAAUAAAAAAUAAGGGUUGCAUUUCAGAGCCAUCCUCACUGCAAGUUUGCACAGUACAGUGCAUUUCCAAAUUGCUAUUUUCUUCCAUUCUGAUCCCUUCUAAUCCGCGCAGUCAUUCAAAUGGUUGAAUUCUAAAAACAGAACUCCCUGAAGAGGCUGUUUUGUUGAAGUUACAUUGUUGGAUUUAACAAGUCAUUACAUUUUUGCCUUUGUCAAAUUACUGUCGGCUUACCCAAGUACUUUGUGUACAGUCUGUUACUAAUAUCAGCAACUACAGAUAUAGUUUGUAGAUUUUCAUUGAGGAUAUAAAAUGUACUUUGUGAACUUUUUAAAAAUCAUUGUUUUUGCAUUGCUAUGUUUUGCUUUUGAUUUCCGAUUGACAUGCUUCACGGGGCAGGAACCAUCCUCUAUUGAUACGAUACGACAGGAACCAUGAUCUAGUGUGUUCUAUUGGCAAGGCAGGAACAAUGUUCUUAUGUUCUAUUGACAAGACAGGAACCAUGUUCUCUUGUGUUCUAUUGACAAGACAGGAACCAUGUUCUCUUGUGUUCUAUUGGCAAGGCAGGAACCAUGUUCUCUUGUGUUCUAUUGACAAGACAGGAACCAUGUUCUCUUGUGUUCUAUUGGCAAGGCAGGAACCAUGUUCUCUUGUGUUCUGUCGCAAGCGUGGGAAGGAACCAUUGUCUUGUGUGUUCUGUUGACAUUCUUGGGUUUGCUGCAAGCAUCGCGUUUCAAAAACUUGAAAUCUAUUUUUAUGCAUGUACAGUGUAGUCAUAACAAAUACGUAAUGAUAACCACGAUAAUCAGGAGUUGCUAUAAUCUGUGAUGAGAAGUGGCCUUUUUUCUCUUUUCUCUUGAGAGCGAUAGUGACAGACAGAGCAAGAGCAAAAGCUAAUGAGAAAUAUAAAUAGUCGUACUGAAAGAACAGUAGAAAUCAACAGGCCAUUAUCCAGGUUUGGACCAACAUUAAUAUGUUAAUUGAGGAGAGAAUCUGAAGCACAUUGCAUUCAUGCAUUUGCAUUUGCAUGCAUUUGCAACAAUAUCUUGCAGCACUGAGGAGGAAGGUGACAUAUUUCCAGGUUGAGUGGGAAGGAUAUUGCUCAAACUAGUGAUGUCUCAACAUGGAAAUGAGCUUCCUUAAUGCACAGAGUUCACUCGGAAGAAGAUGAUGUUGCAAACAUUGAAUGCCUUGUGGUGACGUACUACAUACUGUAUGUGUGAUGAAUUAUUACGGCAUUUUAACACUUUUUAAGUGAAGAGCUUGCAAUUGGACUGAAAAUUGUAGACGUCCACGUCACUGAACCAUAAAAGGUUAAUACUUUAAACCAGUGGUUCCCAACCUUUUUCUUAAGGGACCCAUGUUUUUACUAUUGUAAGCUUUGGUGACCCAACCACGCGAGCGCCCGCACGAGACGGAGUCACAAGAUGCCCUCCGUUUCCUGCGAAAACGUAUUUUAUUUAUUUUAUUCCUCAAUUCGUCUUUGGUCAAAUAUAGAAUAAAUGUCUAAUGUAGCACUUACAAUUUGUUGCGUCUAUGCAUUUAUUAGUUAAAUGCUCUGUCUUUUAUUCAACAUGGGCUAUAUAUAUUUAAAACGAAACCCUUAAAAUCAAGAGGGCUCCGCGACCCCCUGUGGAUCUUUGGCGACCCAUAAGGGGGGUCCCGACCCAUAGGUUGGGAACCACUGCUUUAAACUGCAUUGCACUCCUGCUUCUCUCUUCAGUUGAUGUUUGUCCCACUGUGAUGCACCUGCAAGCUUGAGGGAUGAUGUGUUCAGUCCCAAUUCAACAUUAAUGUUAAUGUUUUUUAUUAUUAUUACCUACAGGGUUUUAAGUUUUGUGUAUAUAAUGUGUGCCAUGAUGAGAGUAUGUACGAAUGAUGCUAUUCUGUUAAUCUACAUUCAUAAAGCAUUCUGAACAUGUUUUUGAUAAUGAAA